AUGGCCAGAACUUUCUUCAUUGGUGGUAACUUCAAAUUGAACGGCUCCAAGCAGUCUAUCACUGAGAUCGUCGACAGACUAAACGACGCUUCUAUCCCACAAAACGUUGAGGUGGUUAUCUGCCCACCAGCCCCAUACUUGGGUUUGGCUGCCUCUCUAGUCAAGAAGUCUCAAGUCACCGUUGGUGCCCAAAACGCCUACCUAAAGGGUUCCGGUGCUUACACUGGUGAAAACUCCGUCGAGCAAAUCAAGGACGUUGGUGCCAAGUGGGUCAUCUUGGGUCACUCCGAGAGAAGAACUUACUUCCACGAAGAUGACAAGCUCGUCGCCGAAAAGACCAAGUACGCUUUGGACCAAGGUGUCGGUGUCAUCUUGUGUAUCGGUGAGACUCUUGAGGAGAAGAAGGCCGGUGUCACUUUGAAGGUUGUCGACACUCAGCUAACUGCUGUCUUGGACCAAGUCAAGGACUGGAGCAACGUUGUUGUUGCUUACGAGCCAGUCUGGGCCAUCGGUACCGGUCUAGCUGCUACCCCAGAGGACGCUCAAGAGAUCCACGCUCACAUCAGAAAAUUCCUCGCUGAAAAGCUCGGUGCUGGUGUCGCUGACAAGAUCAGAAUCUUGUACGGUGGUUCCGCUAACGGUAAGAACGCUGUCACUUUCAAGGACAAGCCAGACGUUGACGGUUUCCUAGUCGGUGGUGCUUCUUUGAAGCCAGAGUUUGUCGACAUCAUCAACUCUAGAAACUAA